UGCGCGCCGCGUCGACCCGCACGUACCGCGCGAGCCGAGCGCGCCGCGAGUGACUGUGCAGUGCCGCACACACCCAGCGAGUUGUGCCCACGACAGUGAUUACAGUGGACCACAGUGUCGGUGCCCCCGUAGUGCCCCGUACCCCGCAUACCAGGCUGCUGCGGCCUGCUCCGCUGCACACCUUGCGAUUUAUAAUUGGAUUGCAACUUGAUUAGAAGAAAACUCCUCAGUUCCUAAUCUGCGCACAAGCAUUAGGACAUAGGAGCGGCGGCGCGCGGCGCGGCGGCAUGGGGCGCGCGCGCGGCCGGCCGGCGGCAUGGCGGUGAGCUGCCCCGAGGUGAUGUACGGCGCCUACUACCCCUACCUGUACGGGCGCGGGGCCGCGCGCUCCUUCCACCACGCGCCGCACUUCCAGUACGAUCGGUUUAACGUGCAGGGCAAUGCAGGCAGCGAGGCAUACAGCGGCGGCGGCGGCGGCGGCGGCGCGGCGGCGCUCAGCUCGGGCUCGGCGUCGUCGGGCGCGCAGUCGCCGGGCAGCCCGCCGCACGCGCACCUGGCGCACCACGCGCCGCGCCUGCGCGCCAAGGAGGAGGAUCUGUCUGCGCACGGCCGCGCCAGCGCUGACGGCGGCGGCUCCUCGGAGUCGGAGGGCGAGUGCAGCGGCGCGGGCGCGGCCAGGGCGCGCGCGCAGUACGUCAGCGCGAACUGCGUGGUGUUCACGCACUACUCGGGCGACGUGGCCGCCGUCGUGGACGAGCACUUCGCAAGAGCACUCUCGCUCGACAAACCUAAGGAGAGCGUGCCGAUGGUGUCGCGCAACCUGCCGGCGUCGUUCUUCAACGCGGCGCUGGGCGGGUCGGGCGGCGCGGGCGUGGCGGGCGGCGCGUGCGGCGUGGAGCUGUACGAGUACGACCCGUGGCACCAGCACUACGGCGGCUACGGACACGCCGCGCACCGCCACGCCGCCGAGUACCACGCGGCCGCCGCGCACCACAACAUGGCGGCGGCGGCCGGCUACGGCGGCCUGCUGCUGGGCCGCGGCUCGCUGCACGCGCAGUACAAGCCCGUGGACUGGCCGGCGCAGCACCACGCGCCGCACCACCUCGACCCCGCCGCCUGCUCGCCCUACUCCUACCCCGCCGUGCCCGGUCUGGAGGCGCAGGUGCAGGACACGUCCAAGGACCUGUACUGGUUCUGAGCCCGCAGCGCCGCCCCGGCCCGCGGACUGUGCCUUAUGAAGGGACACUUGAGUGUGGGACAUUGCGUGCUAUGACCGCCAGGCCGGCAGGGCGCGCGAGUGCGGCGGUGACGUCACGCGCGUCUCCUAGUUACCGGUGCGGACACUCGCUGUGACAGUUGUGUGCUGCACUACCACGUUAUGUACGACGCGGCGUAUGAACACGUCAGGCGACGACGCGCUCGCUCCUGAAUUAAAUAUAAGCAGGUGUUGUGACGCGGCUGACACAUCUUAUUUUGGUGUCAACUGGUGCUACAUUUACUGUAAAAAGCUUUUUUAAUGUCUGAUGUGUUGAACAACCUCCCUUGAGGCGCAUGCGACAUACUCCUCAAGGGGAGUUGUUAAACACUGCAAUGUGUCAUUGAUAGCUGCAUAACAUUGGUAUUGUACUUUUGUCUUGUGUGAUCAAAAUGCAUCGCAGUCAUAUACACUACGCAACGUUUAGAACAUCUGAGGAUCUAAAUUAAUUUGAUAAAGAUUAGAUUAGAUAACAGAAAUUUCGAAAAAUCCGACUAUCUCAUAAAUAGUCGUACACCAUGGCUUUCUUGAAGAACUCCUUUUCAGAAACAUGUACUGAACCAAGUGCAGCGCGUCGUAUGUACACACAGCACACAGCCGGCAGCCCCGGCGCAUGCGCGCUGAGCGAGCGGCACCAUGCGCGCAUUACACACAUGUUAUUAGCUGAUAUGUACGUAGGUAGUGAGUAACUAGCUGUAACUAUAUAUUGUACAUAAUUAUCUAGCUCCUAGGCUAAAUAGCUAAUAGUAAGAUUGCAACAGACAUUGUAGAUAAUGUGGUCUCGGUGCGCGCGCUAUUGUACAUAUAAUGUAAAAGACUAUGUAAGCCAACGGAAUCUCCGCGGCAGCGAGAUCAUCUCAUGAAUAGGAACAUUUAGAAUAAUAACAUUAUAAUUACUGAACGUUUAGGCUUCAUUUGUGUUUGCCAGAUUGUGGAUAUAAAUAUAUUGUUAGUGCACAAACCUCCGUAGACGAAUCAAUUCGAUAUUGUAUGAUUCAAACUACGUAAGGUCUACGCGGCUACGCUAGGCUACACGUCGUCCUUGACGGACCUGCUGUAUGCUCUGUGUAAUUGUAACUAUGAGAAUAUUGUCGUCAGGUCGUGGACUCAUGUCUCACCACAACACUAGAUAAAUGAACUUUAAAUAUAAAUUCCAUUAUCUACUGUGAUUGUUUCA